ACACUUGUAAAGCAGUUAAUUCCUAGUUUAUUAACUUUAAGCGCUUUGGCGAGCGGAAUGAACGCCGUCAAGCUUGCUUUUGAUAAAGAAUUUCAGUAUGCCUUCUGGUUUUUGCUACUUUCAGCUAUUUUUGAUGGCCUUGAUGGCCACGCAGCUAGAGCUCUUGGGACUUCCAGUUCUUUUGGAGCCGAAUUGGAUUCCUUAUGUGACUUAGUGGACUUCGGAGUAAGCCCUGCUUUGGUUAUGUUUCUCUGGUGCCGAGAUGAAACGGCCACUUGUGCAUCUAAAGGCUCAAGCGAUUUAUAUGUUUUUAAAAAUAUUAUCGACAAGCUACUCUGGUUUUCUAUACUUAUUUAUGCGUCUUGCUGUGCGUGCCGACUGGCGAGGUUUAAUCUUUCUAAUGAAACAAUUGCGACUCCACCUCCACACAGCGCAAUUUACAAAAGCAAGGAAUUUGAAAUUUCUACGGGACUUCAACGAGAUUCUCUUACAGUGGAUAGCAAGUCCACUGAUUCAGAAGUUUUUAAAUUGUAUUCAAAAAACAUAAAAGCUGACGGAAAGGAGGUUUCGCAAAUAUUUAGUUGGAGUAAAAGUUUUGCGAAAUGGAUAGACACAUUUAUUAACAAAGAGAAGUUUUUUGAGGGCGUUCCCGCUCCGAUGGGAGCAUUCUUAGCGUUGGUCCCAAUGAUGCUCACGCACGCCUUUCCCGAACUUGAGUGCAGAAAAAAUAAAGAACUUUUUACAUCAAUUUGGAUCAUCGUUGUGGGAGGCUUCAUGAUCUGCACGCUACGCACAUUUUCAACUAAAAUGUUUAUAAAAGAAAACACUAAAAGCGAAGAAAAGAAAAGGACGUCUUUGUUUAUUUCGAAAAACAUGCAAACUCUCGCUGGAAGGAUACUGGUGGUUUCCGCCGUGCUGGCGGUAUUAAGAAGCCAUCCAUGGUUCCUAUUAGUCAGUAUGGCAGUGGUGUACACGUGCUCCAUUCCGUGCAGCCACGCUCUCUACUGUCUUCUACUACGCGCUGCAAAUUCUGAUAAAUAAAGCUUAAGAAAAUUGAUAA